UUUUAGGGUUUUCUCUCCCAUCCCCAGCCUCCGCAAUCCAAAUCAUCAUCUUCCGAGAAUGGAAAGCUACCGGAGAGUCGAGAAGCCAAAGCCGGAGCUCCCCAUCAGCGAGAACGAGAUCCGAAUCACCACCCAGGGCGCCAUCCGAAACUACAUCAGCUACGCCACCACUCAGCUCCAGGAUAAACAAGUCAAUGAAAUUGUCUUGAAAGCAAUGGGACAGGCAAUCAGCAAGACAGUGGCUAUUGCUGAGAUAAUAAAGAAAAGGGUUCCAAUGCUGCAUCAAGAUACUGCAAUCAGCUCUGUAAGCAUAACUGAUGUAUGGGAACCUAUUGAAGAGGGUCUUGUACCUGUGGAGAUGACUCGCCAUGUAUCAAUGAUUUCAAUUACACUAUCAACUAAGGAGCUAAACACAACCUCUGCGGGAUAUCAAGCUCCAUCUCCCCCAGACCAAUCAAAGCCACAGCCCAAUUACCAACAACAGCAACCAAGACAAGCUCGUGGUCCAUACAAUGCUGUCAAUGAAGACUCAUACGGUCGAGGACGGGGGCGUGGUAGAGGCAGAGGUCGUGGCAGAGGUGGAGGAUACAGCAACUAUCAAGGGGGAUACACAAACUAUCAAGGGGGUGGUUAUGGAAACCAUCAAGAUAAUGGUGGGUACCCAAAUCGGGGUAGAGGAAACCAUCAAGAUAAUGGUGGGUACCCGAAUCGGGGUAGAGGUGGUGGACGAGGCAGAAGUUGGGGCAAUCGUGGUACUGGCUAUGAAAGAGGGUCUGGUGGUUAUGAAAGAAGUUCAGGACCAUCAGGGGGAUACGAAAGGGGUACAGGCGGCUAUGAAAGGUCAGGGGGCUACGAAAGGGGUAUAGGCGGCUAUGAAAGGGGUUCAGGCGGAUCAGGGGGAUACGAAAGGGGUUCAGGCGGAUCAGGGGGCUACGAAAGGGGUACAGGCGGAUCAGGGGGCUACGAAAGGGGUUCAGGCGGCUACGAAAGGGGUACCGGCGGCUACGAAAGGGGUUCAGGCGGCUACGAAAGGGGUGCCGGCGGCUAUGAAAGAGGUGCCGGUGGUACUGGUGGUUAUGAAGGAGGUAGAGGUCAAGGGGGCAGAGGAUAUGGUCGUGGGAGGGGACGGAUGGGUGGACGCUCUAGGGGUGGUGCAAACCAAGCUUAA